UUCUAACAGGAGGCAUGCCCUGAGAAGUCAUGGAAGCUCUGAAGUCCCCUGCCUCACAAUCCUUGCCCUGUGAAGACCUUCCUUCAGGCUGUUUCAUGGUUAUAAGUAACAUCUUCUUGAGUUCUUGAACAAAGUUUGAACCCAAGGAGAAGGAACUCACCAUUGAACAAAUGCAUGAAAGUUCCUUGCCAAGCAUUCUUCAUUGGGACAUUUUUUUUCCUGCUUACUGAAUAACUUUUUCAAAAGUUCCUUUUUUGGUGCCAUGUUCUGUGGCUUACAUCAAAAGAGGAGUUUGUCUUCAUGAAGAUUCCUAACAUUGGUAAUGUGAUGAAUAAAUUUGAGAUCCUUGGGGUUGUAGGUGAAGGAGCCUAUGGAGUUGUACUUAAAUGCAGACACAAGGAAACACAUGAAAUUGUGGCAAUCAAGAAAUUCAAGGACAGUGAAGAAAAUGAAGAAGUCAAGGAAACGACUUUACGAGAGCUUAAAAUGCUUCGCACUCUCAAGCAGGAAAACAUUGUGGAGCUGAAGGAAGCCUUUCGCCGGAGAGGGAAACUGUACCUGGUGUUUGAGUAUGUUGAGAAAAAUAUGCUUGAAUUGCUGGAAGAAAUGCCAAAUGGAGUUCCACCUGAAAAAGUGAAAAGCUAUAUCUACCAACUAAUCAAAGCUAUUCACUGGUGCCACAAGAAUGACAUUGUCCAUAGAGAUAUAAAGCCUGAAAAUCUCUUAAUCAGCCACAAUGAUGUCCUGAAACUAUGCGACUUCGGUUUUGCUCGGAAUCUCUCCGAAGGCAAUAAUGCGAAUUACACAGAGUAUGUGGCUACAAGGUGGUACCGGUCACCAGAGCUAUUACUUGGAGCUCCCUAUGGAAAAUCUGUGGACAUGUGGUCAGUGGGCUGUAUUCUUGGGGAGCUUAGUGAUGGACAGCCCUUAUUUCCUGGAGAAAGUGAAAUUGACCAACUCUUUACUAUUCAGAAGGUGCUAGGACCACUUCCAUCUGAGCAGAUGAAGCUCUUCUAUAGUAAUCCUCGUUUCCAUGGGCUCCGGUUUCCGGCUGUUAACCAUCCUCAGUCAUUAGAGAGAAGAUACCUUGGAAUUUUAAAUAGUGUUUUACUUGACCUUAUGAAGAAUUUACUGAAGUUGGACCCAGCUGACAGAUACUUGACAGAACAGUGUUUGAAUCACCCUACAUUUCAAAGCCAGAGACUUUUGGAUCGGUCUCCUUCAAGGUCAACGAAAAGGAAACCUUAUCAUGUGGAAAGCAGCACACUGUCUAAUAGAAGCCAGUCCAGCAAGGGUGCCGCUUUACAGACUCACCACAGAUCCAACAGCAAGGACAUUCAGAACCUAAGUGUGGGUCUGCCCCGGGCUGAUGAAGGCCUUCCUGCAAAUGAAAGCUUCCUGAAUGGGAACCUUGCUGGAGCUACUCUCAGUCCGAUGCACACCAAAACCUACCAAGCAAGCACCCAGUCUGGGUCUUCCAGCAAAGAUCUCACAAACAACAACAUACCACACCUUCUCAGCCCAAAAGAAGCCAAGUCCAAAACAGAGUUUGACUUCAAUAUUGACCCAAAGCCUUCAGAAGGUCCAGGCACCAAGUACCUCAAGUCUAGCAGCAGAUCUCAGCAGAACAGGCACUCGUUCAUGGAAAGCUCCCAGAGCAAAGCUGGGACGCUGCAGCCUAGUGAGAAGCAGAGUCGGCACAGCUAUAUCGACACCAUUCCCCAGUCCUCCAGGAGUCCAUCCUACAGGACGAAGGCCAAAAGCCAUGGGGCGUUGAGUGACUCCAAGUCUGUGAGCAACCUUUCAGAAGCCAGAGCCCAAAUCACGGAGACCAAUACCAGUAGAUACUUCCCAUCCAGUUGCUUGGACUUGAACUCUCCCACCAGCCCAACCCCCACCAGGCACAGUGACACAAGAACUUUACUCAGCCCUUCAGGUAGAAAUAACCGAAACGAGGGCACACUGGACUCACGCCGAACUACCACCAGACACUCAAAAACCAUGGAAGAGCUGAAGCUGCCUGAACACAUGGACAGCAGCCAUUCACAUUCGCUGUCUGCACCUCAUGAAUCAUUUUCUUAUGGGCUAGGCUACACCAGCCCCUUCUCCUCUCAGCAACGUCCUCACAGGCAUUCCAUGUAUGUGACCCGGGACAAAGUGAGAGCUAAAGGCCUUGAUGGAAGCUUGAGCAUAGGGCAAGGGAUGGCGGCCAGAGCAAACAGCUUGCAGCUCUUAUCACCCCAGCCUGGAGAACAGCUCCCUCCAGAGAUGACUGUGGCAAGACCUUCUGUUAAAGAGUCCUCCAGAGAAGGCACCUCUUCAUUCCACACCCGUCAGAAGUCUGAGGCUGGAGUGUACCAUGACCCACACUCUGACGAUGGCACGGCUCCCAAAGAAAAUCGGCAUCUGUACAAUGAUCCUGUUCCACGGAGAGUUGGUAGCUUUUAUAGAGGAGUAAGAACAUCUUCAAUGCCAUCUCCACGACCAGACAAUUCUUUCCAUGAAAAUAAUGUAUCUACCCGGGUUUCUUCUCUGCCAUCUGAUAGCAGUUCUGGUACCAAUCAUUCAAAAAGACAACCAGGAUUCGAUCCAUGGAAAAGCCCUGAAAAUAUUAGUCAUUCUGAUCAACUCAAAGAAAAGGAGAAGCAAGGUUUUUUCAGGUCAAUGAAAAAGAAAAAGAAGAAAUCUCAAACAGUACCCAAUACUGAUGGUCCCGAUCUUCUGACUUUACAGAAAGCCAUUCAUUCUUCUAGCACUGCAAGCAGCAGACCAAAGGAGUGGCGACCUGAGAAGCUCUCAGAUCUACAGACCCAGAGCCAACCACUAAAAUCCCUUCGCAAGCUGUUGCAUCUCUCUUCAUCGACCAAUCACCCGGCUUCUUCAGAUCCUCGUUUCCAGCCCUUAACAGCUCAACAAACCAAAAAUUCCUUCUCAGAAAUUCGGAUUCACCCCCUGAGCCAGGCCUCUGGUGGGAGCAGCAACAUCCGGCAGGAGCCUACACCAAAGGGCAGGCCAGCCCUUCAGCUGCCAGAAUUCAAAACUUUUUGAAGAAAACACAGGAGUAAACCUUCUUGACUCUAGACUUGGCAGCAGAUAAUACACCAAAAGAAGUAACAGGAAAGUUGAACUUCCUUAAAAUUUGGAAUGUGUUGUGCUUCAAAGGACUUCACCAAGAGAGUUUUAAAAAAGAAAGGCCAGAUGUGGUGAUCCAUAAUCCCAGAACCUGGGAGGCAG